CAUGCGCAGUGCGUUUGACUCCGUACAGCAGGCGAGGAAGAAAGGAAGGUGACAUUUUGUUGCGCGCUUUGUGUGUGUGUGUGUUUUGGGUAAAAUGUCGGCUCUUGGGAGGACAGUGAGCGGCCUCAGGGCAGGAGCUCAGCUCAUCAGACGCGGACCUCAGCACACUUUUAUCCGGAAGGCAGGUGGAGCUCCACACAUCGUGGCUCAGUACCGUCAGCCUCCUCAGAUCACUAAACACCAGAAGUUUCGCUCCGAGCUGCUCAGCGGCUUCAUGUGGUUCUGGAUCCUGUGGCACUUCUGGCACGAUUCAGACGCCGUGCUCGGUCAUUUUCCGUGGCCGGACACAGACGCCUGGACCGACCAGGAGCUGGGAAUUCCUCCUGAUGACGAGUGACAUCAUCAGACACACCAGUGCUGAGUGGAGUGUGUGUGUGUGUGUGUGUGUGUGUGUGUGUGUGUGUGUGGAACCCGCACUGGUGUUAAACUCGUCCUGACUUCCUGCUGUACAGAGACUCGUUUAGUCUGAUUUACACGUCUAUUUAAAAAAAAGAAAAUAAAAGGAAUAAAAAGAAACAAACAGUGGACGAGUCGCUUCUCCUGUGGACUUUUAUUGUUUCAUUCUAACAAAAUAGACGCUGAAAAAUGUUAACAAACAGAAUCCGGAGCGCUGAUGAAAUCCCAUCAUGCACCAGCGAGGGUCAGCGUCCGUAACGCUGUACAGAAAUCCCAUCAUGCACCACUUUGCCAUUCUUAGGGCCUUUUUUUUGCUGUCACAUGACCUCAGACGUAACCAAUCAACAAAAAGCAGCAGAUUUAUUAUUUUUCUUUGUUGUUUAUGAUGAAAAGUUUCCUGCGAGUUUCAUUUCUGCUCCCCGUUUCUGUCCCGUAAUCAAAAGUUUUGCCCCCCCCGUUUCCCCGUUUCCCUUCACGAGUCUCCCUGAAAGCACCGUUUUGCGUUUUUUUUAAAUCCAGAGAUCCGUCAUUUGGGAUUUAAUGGCUGAUUCCCGAAUCAGAUCAUUCGACUCGUCUCCCCAGUAAGAGUCGACUCCUAAACGACUCGGUGCCAUUUAAUUCUAAACCGGAGAAAGUUUCCGAUGUUUGGAUCAGUGAGACUUUUUUUUUUUUUAUUUUUUUAUUAAUCAUUAAUAGAUGAUGUAAGGGAUGUAAACCACAUGUUUCAGCUUUAUAUCUGUUGGGAAAAAAACAAAGAAAGUUUUAUUUGGUUUAAUUUCACUAAAGGAUGAAAUUGUGCCCAAGAUAACGAGCUUACUGAAAAUGACAAACAGCUCAGGUGUUGCAUUUUGGUUUCUGUGGAAACAGGUACAAAUAAUGAGAAGAAAAUCAAAAUAUAUUGAGAGACACUAUAUGACUAAAAGUUUGUGCACCCCUGACCAUCUUAUUCCAGAUUUAUCCCCCUGUGUUUACUGUUAUAAUGAGCUCCACUCUUCUGCAAAGUCUUUCCACUAGAUGUUGGAGCGUGGCUGUGGGGAUUUGUGUUCAUUCAGCUACAAGAGCAUUAGUGAGGUCAGGCGCUGAUGUUGGGAUGUCGAGGAGGUCUGGGGUUCAGUCGGUGUUCCAGUUCAUCCCAAAGGUGUUCAGUGGGGUUGAGGUAAGGGCUCUGUGCAGGACACUCGAGUUCUUCCACUCCAACCUUCACACACCAUGUCUUCAUGGAGCUCGCUUUGUGCACAGGGGCAUUGUCAUGCUGGAACAGGUUUCAGCCUCUUAGUUCCAGUGAAGGGAAAUUGUAAUGCUACAGCAACCAGAGACGUUCUAUACAACUGUGUGCUUCAGACUUUGUGGCAACAGUUUGGGGAAGAACCACAUAUGGGUGUGAUGGUCAGGGUGCACAUACUUUUGGCUGUAUAGUGCACACACAUCCUUUUCCCUCAUCUCUAUGAAUCCGUAAGCUUUUACUGUCCUCUAUCUCCCACUGUUCCUCUAGACUACACUCUCUCCCCAGGUUUCCACUGGUGGUUUAGGACAGAGCCGAUGAGCUAAUGUGUGAUUGGUUACUGAUGAACAUUCAGCAGGAGCUGAAAAGAACUUUAAUGAUGUUAAAACUUUGUUUCUAACAGUUUGAGGAAGAACCACAUAUGGGUCAGGGGUGCACGAACUAUUGGCCAUGUCGUGUACUUCAGAGUUCAAACACAUCACUAUGACUUAAAGCUGCAGCACAAAUACAUUCGAAGGGAAACUCAAAUAAAAAUAAAAUGAUUUGCAAAAUAAAAUGUUACAACCAACACGUCUGUUCUUUUAUAUUUGUUCAGUUGCUUUAAAAAAUAUAUAAAUAUAUAAAUAAAUAAAUAAAUAAAGCAGCCCAAAACAUUGCAUCCAACCACCUGGCAACUUAAUAUUGCAAAAUAAAAUGUAAUAUUUAAAACCCGUAAAACAUUUCACCGGGUUUAAAAUCAGUUCCUUCAGCGCUGCGUUCACAUUUUCAGUGAAUCGGAUCAUUUGACUCGGCUCACCAGUAAGAGUCGAUUCUUUCAGCUCUUAAAUGGAUCCCUGCCUUUUUUUUAAUUUGAAAUCAUAUAAAUUGCUCAACAUUAUAUUAUAUUCUAUUCUGAUUGAAAGUGACCUACUUUACACCGUGUAUGAAAUGUAUUUAAAUAAUUGUGAAAACUGGCAUUACGUUAUCGACUCUCUGCUCCAGUAAAUAUUCCUGCAUUAGUGUGAUUAUGCUGCUGUGUUUUUGUUUGUUUAACUUUCGCUAAAACUUUCCCAAAACACUAAAUACAUCAUUUAUAUUCUUACAGAAAAGUCAAACAGACGUCUUCGUCAAACAUUUUCACUAGAACUGACUCUGAAUCGUUAUCCUGUCCCAAAUGAUACUAGUGAAGAUUCACUUGUGAACAUCAAUCACGGUUGCGCUGUGUGUGUGUGUGUGUGUGUGUGUGUGUGAGAGAGAGAGAGAGUGUGUGUGAGAUUAAUUGCAUAAGACACACAAAUACACAAAGAACUGAUGAAUUUUUAACAAAAGAAUACAUCACUUCUCUUUAGAAAAGCGAGUCGACUCACAUAAAAAAAGAGUCAGUUCAAAGAGUCGACUCGUUCACAAACGACACAUGACUCGUACACAAUUCUUUUCGAGUGGCUCUUUUUCCUUUAAUUCUUUCAUCACGUGAGAAAAGUCACCAGCUUUAACUUUUCAUCUCGUCUCUGUGUCUGGAUUAAAUUCAUCUCCAGCUCGUCAGAUUAAACACACAAUCUUUCACCCAUCGUUACUACAAAAUCUAUUACAAAUGAAUCAUCGUUCAAUUACAAAAAAAAAAAAAAAAAAAAAAAAAGCACACAAAUAUUCAAUUCAAAUAUUUACAGAAAAAUGUACGAGAAAGAAAGAAAGAAA